GUUUGUAUAGGUUUUCUGAUUCAUUCUGCGUGAUGAAAUUGGCGUGGUUGACCAGACUGUCAGAGUAGCUUGCUCGCUAACGUUAGCUAGCUUAUUAGCAUGGCCAUGAGAAACGUUUACACACCCGUUAUGCGUAGCUGAGACAUAAAUCCGAGCUAAAUUGGCCGUGUAGCCUAGCCAAUCCUGCCUGACUGCUAAGUAGCUUUUCUUAUCAUGGGACAGUGUGCUGUUUCAUCAUCAUAGUUGGCGUGGAGAGUGUGUGGUGCUUUAUGCGACGUAGUAAGGGAAUAACGUUAGCUGUUCGAAACGUCUGACAGCCUGAUGUGUCAACAUGUGCACCACCGAUACCGUCCGAUCAUGCAAAACUCUCCGCUCUUCCACUACCUGCAGGAUCUAGGACACACAGACUUUGAGGCGUGUCCCACAGUGUCUCAGGAGGACGAGUGUGGAGGAGGAGAGGGGGGGACGACCUCCCCGCAGGACAGCCUGUCCAAACCCACAGGAGGACGUCUAUGGAGAUUGGCUGAUGCCUUGUGGAGGCGGAGCCCGUUCCACCAGGCUGCCUCUGCCCAUAGGCUGGAGCAGCAGCUGGACUGUGUGUUUGGCCAGUACGCGGUGCAGUGUAUCCUGGACCAGGAUGUGUUGCUCCAGGAGGAUGUGGAGCUCAUCGAGCUGUUAGACCCCAGCCUGCUCACCCUGGGCGCCUCACCCUCCGGCUCACCCAGACGAGACCACUCCCUGCCCUGCCCGCGUCUCCUCGCCUCUCCUUCGCAGUGGGAUGUAGCAGUGCUGGUGGGCCUGGCUGCAGUGUUACUAGGCCUGUCCUCUCUCUCUGCCGGGGCCUGGUCUCUGGCUGUGAUCCCGUGGUGUGCUGCGGUCAUGGGCUGGGUGGGGCUGCGAGGGGCGGGGCUGUGGAGACAGGGGAGGAUGCAGAGAGCAGCACACGCCCAGGCCUCCGAGCUGCAGACCAUGGUGCUGAACAGUAAGGCUCUGACCAGCCUGGCCCGCAAGUCCCUGAGACUACUACAGGAGACAGAGGUCAUCUCUCGAGGGUUCACCCUUCUGCUCGACAGGGUGAGUGCGGCCAGCUCCUUUAGUAGGGCGGGGCUGGGGGCAGGGCCACGGGGGCAGCAGUUGAUUGGCCUGCGGAAGGCGGUGUAUCGUGCGCUCCGCUCGGCCUUCAGAGCCUCCCGCCGAGCCACGUGCCACAUGCUCAAAGCGUACCCCCUGAACUCUGAGAUCGACAAUGUGACCAACUACGUGUCUGCGGUGCCCCUGAAGGAGCUGGGGAUGGGCCUGGGGACAGAGCACCUGACUGACGAGGAGGCACAGGAGCUCACCGAUGACUACAGCCUCCCUGCCCUCAAGGUGCUGUUCCAGUUGUGGGUGGGGCAGAGCUCAGAAUGUUUCCGCCGAUUGGCCCUGCUGCUGUCACCACGACGACUGGAGGAGCCCAGGGAAGACUGGGUUAAAGGUGAAACCCCUCCUCCGCCCAUACACCGCUCUGUUGCCACGGUGACACAGCCUCUCCACGGUGCCCUGGCUGGUUGCCUGGGCGACAUGCAGCGUAGCUACGAGUUCCACCGGUACUUUGAGACGCAGCGCCAGACGCAGGGCUCGGACAGGGUGGGGCGCGCUCAGCAGAAAUGCAGAGAGCUCAACACACUGCACACGUCUGUACGCAGCCUGCAGCUGCAUCUCAGGGCCCUGCUCAACGAGAUGAUUAUCCUGGAGGAUGACCUGGAGAAGCUGAUGGUGACGAAGGAGGCGGUGGAGGUGACUGUGGAGGGCUACCAGGACCUCCAGGAGCGUCUCGGCCACCUGCAGCCCCACAUGCAGGCCAGCGCCGGAUGCUGGGAGGACACCGUGGGCCAAGUGGAGCGCAUGCUGAGGAGAGCUAACACCUGCCCAGGAACUCCUGAUGGUCCAGAGCAGUGUCUCCCUCCUGUGCCAUGCACACCUGCCCCAACCUACACCCUCAUCCUGGACAGGGACCCCGUGCCUGAGGAGCAGGAGCUGGAAGCGUACGUGUCAGACUCAGAGGAUGAGAACGGGUGGGCGGGGUCGGUGGUUGACAUGCUGUCUCCCGAGGAACGAGAGCGCCAGCGGCGGGAGAGGGAGGAGUCUCGGCGCGUCCUAUCGGAGCUCAAAGCCGUGCUGGGCCAGCGGGCGUCCGAGGGCGAGAGGAGGAAGUGGAAACAGCUGCUCUUCAACGACCAAGCGGCGGUGAUGCCUAUCGUUUCCGCGGAAACUUCUAUAGAAUAUCAGAUGCCCUCCGACCCAUUGGACGCUCUGACCCUUGUGGGCGUAGCCAAUCCAGGUGUCGCCGAGGGAAACCACCUAUCGGAAAGGCUGAACAACGAGGAGGAAGACUGGAUCAGGGACGAGCGCCCCCUCACAGAGGCAGAGGAAAAAGCACUUACAGAGUUCUGCUGUGGUGAGGCGGAGGAAAAGGGGGAGGAGGGUGAAGGUUGGGCUUCUGUCCCAGCCGGGACGGGCAAGGCGCUCUACCAAUACGACGGGCUGCCUGACGAGGGGGCGGGACUGAAUGGGCCCGACCUAUUGCAGCCCCGGGUCCCCACCAUCACGGUGAUGGACAGACUGACGGAACUACACGGCUCGGCGGCGCUCAGCUUUAAUUCCGCCCUCGCCGCCCAGGUGGCAGCACGUUCAUAUACCUUCGCCAACAUGGAGGAGCAGACGUUUGGAGACAGCGGAGAAGAGGAUGAGGGAGAGAAGCGUUCGCUGCCUGAUGGACAGACAUGUGAGAAGGACUAGAGUCUAAACGCUCCUGC